AUGGAGGCCUCAUCCUCAGCUGUUAGAUUGGAGAAUGACGCUGGAAUUGCUUCCGAUGGGGUAUUGACAUCAGCUGACGUGGAUAAUUUUGAUUUUACUGUGGGGAAUCCAAUGGAUCGACCCCCUCUACUCAAGUUCCACGAACUCGAAGACCUGAGGCGCUUUGUGCAGAGAUGGGCAGUGACCCAUGGCUACAAACUCCCAACCGGGAACUCCGGUGGAAACAGAAAUGUCUACUUACGUUGUUCCUUGGCUGGGGAGGACUCAAAGAAGCCUCAGUCGGAUCGACAACGCAUGGUUUCUGGGCAUAAACCAACUGCUGAGGGCUGCCAAAAUUUCCCAUGGGAAAUACGAAUCAAAGAUCACCUGCAUCAUAAUCAUGGCCCCAUGGAUGUCGAAUACCAAGUCCUACACCGACAGAUGGAUCCGGCCCUGGCGGAUGAGGCAGUUAGGAUGGCCUCCUUGGGCGGUUGUACAGGCGGUUUGGAUGCCGAUGAUCAACUGAAUGCAUCAUGCGAGCCUGGGGAGAAAGAAGAUGCCCAAUCGAAUGUUCUUUCCGGUGCAGACCAUCAAGCUACGGCUUCCAGAAGCGGAUCAGACACAGGAGGUUGCGCAACAGGCUCUAUCCUUGAGCAGCCUCCCAGCGGGCAAGCAAUGGAGACAGCAGAUGUGGAGUUGCCAUCUGACUUGGAGCAGAUGAUUCCUCAGGUUAUCGUGAAGCCAUCUUCCGCAUCUCUCAUGCCACAAGAAUGGAUAGCCAACCCUGCUCAUGGGCCGGAUCAUCAGGCUGUUUUGCCUCAACUGGUUGCGCAGGCAAAGCCAAGUGCACAAGAGCCUUCCAAUCCAACCCAGAUGACCACCAAUAUGGACAUUGGCAAUGUACUGGACCCAAUCGUGCCCCUCGAUGGGCCUCGGUUCCUCACAUGCGCGGAAGAUGGGGCCUGUUUGCCUCAGGUGCCAGAAACCAAUGAGAUGCAACCUGUCGUCCCUGCUACUACACCCAAGCGGAAGCGCAUUCGGCCUAAACGCAUUUACAAGCCAAAGGAGACAGUCGACCAAUCGGGACCCCAGGGCGCCCCCUCCAACUUACAAUCAUGCGCAGAGGUCACAAGAGAGGAGAAAGAUAUUCCCUGCAAGCCACCUGGUGAAGAUUCAAAAUACAAUCCCCCAGGUUAUGGAAACUGUGGUUACUCAUGUAUAGCCCACGUACUUGCAGGCGAAAAACCGGAGAGCCCAUAUUCAAAGCCGGACGGGUGGCUCCACGUCCGCAGGGAUCUUCUACACGAACUCCAUCAAGACCCAGCACAUUGGUCAAGGAAGUUCGGAGGCGACAAACAAUUGAAGCUGGUCUGUGAAUCACUCGAGGUCCCUGAAGGCUCCACCCACGUCCCCUGUUCCAAAUGGCUUGCAAGGUUAGAGAUGGGGCCUGUUAUUGCCAAUGCAUACAACAGGCCCAUUGUCUUUGUAACCGGUGAUGUCCUUGCUGGCUGUAUCACCAAUCUUCCCACCUUACACCCACCGCCCCCCAAACCCCUGGGUCCAAUAUUUCUUGCCUUCACAGGGGGUAACCAUUGGGAGUUAGUGGUUGGCAAACAAGGGCUCCUCCCAAUACCGCCCCCUACGUUGCCCAGGCGCCAACCAAACAUCUUAUUAGCCCAAUGGGUUCAAGCGAUUCAAUCUAACAUUGAUUUGCAUAACAAGUUUAAAACAGAAUGA